CAGAGAUAAACCAUUUCUCUCUGUAGCAGGUUUGCUCUUCUACAAAAUACCUCCACUGCUCGCUGCCACCUACCAGGAUGAACGUGGGUGUGGCACACAGUGAGGUGAACCCAAACACUCGGGUCAUGAACAGUCGGGGGAUCUGGCUGACCUACGCGCUCGGCGUCGGGAUACUUCACAUCGUGCUCCUCAGCAUACCCUUCUUCAGUGUGCCGGUGGUGUGGACUCUCACUAAUGUCAUACACAAUUUCGGAAUGUACGUCUUUAUGCAUGCGGUGAAAGGAACGCCCUUCGAGACCCCCGACCAAGGAAAAGCCAGACUUCUAACACACUGGGAACAGCUCGACUACGGAGUUCAGUUCACUUCAUCGAGAAAGUUCUUCACCAUUUCACCUAUCAUCCUAUACUUCCUGGCAAGUUUCUACACAAAAUACGACACAGCACACUUCUUCAUAAACACUGCCUCGCUUCUGAGCGUGCUGAUCCCCAAACUACCACAACUACACGGAGUGAGGAUUUUCGGUAUCAACAAGUAUUAAGUUAUUGUAAAAUGCGGUGCCUCGUAGCAACAGAAGUUAAUCCCCGUGUAGUCUGUUAUGCAGAUGUGUAUACUAAGUCGAACAAUUUGUGUAAACGUCACUGUCGUCGUUUAGAUGUAUCUGGUUUAAGAUAAAAUGUUUAAAAAGAAGAAAAAAAAGAAAAGCAGGAGGUAGGUUUGUAGAUGACAGGAUGCCAUAUGCAUUACUAACUUAUGUGAAUAUUUAAUGAUGUAUUUUUGGCCUGCAGAGACCCGGGCUGGCCCAGGUCUCAGCAAGGCUUUUGGUUGAGUUUGUUUUUUCCUUUAGUUGCCCUCACUUCACAUGGUGACACAAAUUGUGAAUAUGAGUCUGUUUCUAGCCACAAAGAUGUCCCAAAUGUAUUUUUCAAAGAUGUUUACUUCCUAAGGGUAGGAGCCUGUGGCUCGUUGUUUAUUGGUACACUCUCAUUUUGUAAUGGGUGUCAAACUUAUUCAUGCUUGAGUGAGGAAUCAUACUCUUUAUUUGCGUUAUUUCCUCGGUAUGUGAAUCAUUUCUCGACUCAAUCAAAACAGGGCAGGCUUUUUUUCAUUGUACAGUUUUUUUGUUUUGUGAAUGUGUUCUGUGUUAAAGAAAAUGUCAUGUAUGUAGGAAUGAGACAAAUUAUUGUUGUCAGGUUAAGUGUUUACUGAGGGAGGUCUGCAGCGUCUCUGUGAUGAAUUUAGAUUCAUGUAGUUGCUGUCUUUAGAUUAUUUAGACUUUUUUGCUAUCAUCGCGGCAGCUAGUCCUGCUUUGUUUCGCCAUUGCUCAUAGUACUCUUGAUAUUUCUUGUUCUUAAUCUUAUUAAAUUGUUUGUGCCCUCAGAGUG